AUGACAGAUUCAGAUGAAAGUUUCAGUGAUAAAUUAUCCGAAUUCGUUCUACCUGAUAUAUGGAACAAUGAAGAUGAGAUAUACCGUCUUUUUCAACGAAUUAAGAGGCCCCGACAUAUAGAUCCACUAAAUUUUGAGAGAACCUACUCCUUCUGGCGAACAAUUAUUCUUCGUUAUGCAAAAAUUAACAGGGUGUUUGUCUUCACCCCUGCAUCCUUAACAAAGGUUUUUUCUAGGUAUUUUCCUGAAGAAGAGAUCACUCUAUCACCCGAAUGUUUGCCACAGGUUCUUGGUCUUAUGUAUCAAAAUGGAGAUAUCGUUCCCAACAGUUCUGAGGCAUCUCUUUUUAAACGAAUUGCCAUAUUUGGCAUUAAUUUAAUCACUGAAAAGUUCGAUGUAUCAUGCAUAAAUGAAAUUGAUCCAAUAACUCAGUUUGUAAUACCCGAAAUUGCAAAUUCUCUUGUCUCCCAUUUCGUUCCGUGGUUUAACAAAGCGUAUACGACCUACAAACUGUCCUCCAAUCUGUCACUUUUCUUUGUCAAAGAUCUGGAUAACUCUUUAGAAAGUUGUUUCCCUCAUAAAACUUCAAGAGACUUUAUUAAACACUUGCUCUUUAAUGUAUAUAAAUGCGCACGUAUCGAAAGGGUCAAAUCUAAGUUUUGUUCUUCAACUUUUGAGCUAGUGCGCUUGUCAAAUUGCCUUUCAAUUGAAGUCUCGGAGGCCCUUUCAGAAGAUGAACGUAUGCUUUUAUCGGGUUUGGCCCUAAUUCGACAAUUAACCGAACGCCUGCAGGCUGAUGAAGAAAGACUCGUACUUAGGACUUCUGAGCGCCGCCAGGAAAUCAAGCAACUUCUUAAUCAGAAAAAGUAG